CUGGCAUCUCUGCGAUAAACUGUUAAGCAGCCAAAGUAUAAAUUCAUAUAAGCGGGAAAACAGCUAUUAAAAGUUUUUGAAAUGCAAUUCAAUUUUUCACAUUAAAUAAAGGCUUACAAAAUGUCGGACAUUGACGAGUAUUCAGUGGAAACUUGCCAUGAUGUGACUGAAUCAACCAGUAAAGUUUCCAAAAAUUCGGAAACGGAUAAAAGGUGCGAAAAAUUGGCGGAUAGGGCUGGAAACAUGGAAGAUGAGAAUGAAAACAACAAAGAGGACACGAGUGAACUUCUGGAAGACCGGAAUAAAACCGUAGAGGAUAAGAAAGAUGAAUGUUUUAAAAACGAGACGAAUACAAUCUUAGAAAGCAAAAAGGAUACAAAUAUGGAACGCAGAGAAUACGAAAGUAAAGACGAUGAUAAUACGUUCAGUUCCAAGAAUGAUCAUGGCGAAUGUGAUGAUAUUACAGAAGAGCAGGAAAAUAAGUUACUAGCGGAUGAUUGCGAAGAUCUGGAUGUGAUUGAUUGCUAUACAGAAGAUUUCGAAAGCGACGUGGAGACGGAGUCUGGUGGUAAAGAGGCUAGGAAGAAGUAUACUCAUUCUACCUACAAUAUAGUAGUUGAGAAAAAAACUGUUAAAUCUACUAGUGAAAGCAAGUCUUUAAUUGAAGGUGAAACUCAGAAGGAAAACAAAUCGCCCAAGGAUAAAAUAGAGAAACAUAGCCCAAUUGAUAGCACUACCGAAAAGUCUAAAAAAUCUGACAGUAUAGGCUGUAAUCAAAAAACAUCGGCCGAGGAUAUAACGGAAGGGUUUGUAACAGUGGUUUUUGCAGAAGAAGAUAAUGACGAUGAUAUGUUACAAAUCGACGAUGAAAAUAUUGAGCUUUUACUGGUGGACAAAGCCGGAAGUAACGAGGGUAACGAUCAGUCGGAAAUGUCUUUUCACGCCAAAGAUGAAAAAGAGCAAGAUUGCAUAUUGCGAAAACCCUUGAUAAAGCAAAUCGUUCCAGAAAUCACUGUUUCCGAUGACGACGAUGAAAGAAGUGAUGUUUUCGGAAGCCAAGAAUCGCUGAACCUGCAAAUUGAUCAUUUCGUUGGCAAGGCAUCUGAACUGAAUCUUGCCAAUAAAAAAGGUGACAUAUCCGAAGCAGGUAUAAAGAUAACCUUCGAUUCAGAUACUUGUGACAAUGAAACUGAAUCGCACCUUGAUAAUUGUCAUACAGAAGAUGCAGACUUUCAGCAACUUAAGCUGGAAUUUUAUGAAAACGUAGGAGCAGAGGUCGAAGCUAGUAGUAGCAGAUCCAUUAAAAAACAUCGCAAAGAAGUAAAAAAAGCGCGUGGGUCGUCAGAAGAUACGACUGAAAUAAUUUUUAUAAAGGAAGAACCUCUCACGCCAGUGAAAAAACGUAUAGAACGAUUAAAUAUACCGGAAAAUACCAUUCCAACCAUUGAUUUGACAUCGUCCGAUGAAGAUGAUAUGCUAAAUGACAUGGCUCAAAAUUUUGUAUAUGAACAGUUGAAAACUAAAAAAAAGAAAACAAAAAAGAGAAAAAAACAUAGCAAACAUUCUCCAGAUACCACUGCGUUAGUGAAAUCUGAUCUAUCCGAGCGUUCGAUGGAACGGAAACGGACCGAUUCGGACUCAAUUUCAAUAACAUCAUUCGACGAUAUACUGGGUAAUUCCGACCGUAUCAUAUCUCUGCGGAAACGGAUGGUCACGGUUCUUCCAGAAACACCCCCCAAAGUUGUUUGUCACAAAAAAUCAAAAAGAUCAGAAUCAGAUCCUCUCAAAGAACCUGUCAAACGGAAGAAACACGAUGAUCCUUUAAUGCGUGGUUACAAGCGUCGUAAGCCAUCUCGUUCUGCUUCCAAAUCUAGUGUACGCUCUGUUUCUACAAGUGCGGCUACGCAUGUGGAUGAUGAAAUGGUAGGUGAAAUAGAAGAAACGUCGCAUACUCCCCGCAAGACUGCCGACGUUAAUGAUCCUAAUAGUCUACAGUCUGACAUACAAAUCAUUGAUGAGCAAGAAGAUAUUGAGUUGCUGGGUUCAACUCCUCUUAAGGAAGCGAUCGCGAAAGAAUUGUCGGCUGUAGGUAGUAGUGUUGAAAAAAAUACAGUUCAAAAUAAUAGCAACAUCAGUUUCCCGGAAGCAAGGACUGAUAUCGCGCUGGAAGAUAUGCUUGAGGAUUUCUUUGAAAGAGAAGAAGCGAAAAAGAAUAAUAACGCAUUUUGUUCGAUUUCAUUGGAGGAAAAAAUGAUCAUGGAUUCGCUGUUUCAAGACUGCGAUGAACCACACCAAUCUAGUUCUUUCCCUGCUUUGAAGGAAGUGAAUCCACUGUUUGACAACCAAACGCAACCAAUGUCUACCGCUAGUGAACAGAUCACUAUUAGCUACGCAAUAUCCGACGGUAUAACUUCGGUUCCAGCCGUACCAAUCAGCUCAGAUGACCAGAAAUCAACUGAUGUUCAAAAGUGCGACCAACUAAAAGGGCCACAUUUUAAAAUCGUUCAGAACUACGAUCGCUAUAAGAAGUUACUAGAGAGUCGUCCGAGCAAGCCAGUAAAGGUUAUCGAACCAAUACCACGCCGCCGUAAGCGCGCUGAUUCAGAUGAAGAUUAUCGUCCGAAAAGCUACAUAAAAAAGAAACUGUUUUCCCGUCCUCGCAAAAGAGUUCCAACAAAAAUGGAGGGCAGCAAUCAUUUUCGACCCACUGGCGAAUAUUUGACUACGGACGAGCUAGAUCUGGCCUGUAAAGAUAUGCCCUCGCUGGAACAUGAUUUGGCAUUGACCAGCUCCGACAGUGGGUCUCUCGAAAACGGAAAUGUAGGAAGUUCGCUUUCCGUCCAGAAGUUUAACAGCAAGACACAGUUGAAUGAGCAACCAAAUUUGGUAGAUAAUGCGGACAAAGCAACGACGGACGAUGUGGCUAAAAUUAAAACAACCGUCAAAAAGGUUAAGACUGGCAAACGAGGGCGUCCGCCAGUUAAGGAGAAAAUUUGCGGGUUUUUCUGCAGCAAUACAGGUCAGCAGAAAAGUAACUGCAAUGCAUCAUGCUGUCAAAACGAAAUGUUCCAUGAUCCUGCUUCGCAGUCAUCGCAGUUUAUUAAACCAAGCAACAAACCUGAUAGUAAGAAAAUACCGAAGAAGCGCGGUAGGAAGCCCACUGUUAUCUCGUCGGAUAACGUUACUGAAUUGUUUACAGGUAAUCCUUGUCCGAGUCUAACAGAAAGUUCGGAUGAUUUAUCAUCGGCACCGUCGGCAAUAUUACCCGACUAUGGUGAACGCGAUCAGGUACAAAAUGAUUGCUCGAACGAAGAUCAAACAGAUGUAAAAAUGGAUAACCUACAGGUUAUCAUAUCUCCGCUCACAGAGGAGAAAAUCAGAAAGAUUAAUACUCCAAAGAAAAAACGCAAAGGUUUAACCAAAGCGUGCCAAACGGAAAUAUGCGGGCUCACUUGGUUAAUCGAGUUGGAUCAAAUUAACUUCCGUUCCGAAUAUUUUGAAAAGCUUCGUGUUCUUUUGAAUAAUGGAGCAGCAAGGAAUGCAUUACGCCGAGCAAACGACGUAGGAAAGUUUACGUCUCAAAACGGAACUCCAAGAAACGGCUUGGAAAGUCUUGAGGGAGUAAACAUGUCGAAUCGCAGCACCCUGCAGUUACCGUUGACGUCACCAACAUCGGCAACCGAUUCAAUAGCAGAACCACCAUGUCACUCCAGAAGUUCUGUUGAAACUCUGCUGUUUCAAAAGAAAAUUGAUGAGGUUGAAACACCAUCGACGAACCAUAACGAUGUAUGGUCUCAAAAGCAACUGAUAAAAAGUUUACGGUCAACUUUCCGUAUUCCAAAGCUUGUGAAGCAGCCCUCGAGAUCUCCACAACCGGUGACUUCAUCCACAUCAGGUGUUUUUGAUACAUACUCUAGCAAAGAAGAUGAAGAACAAAUAUGUGUAAUGCAGUUACCAAGUUCCUCACGCGAAUCGGCUUCCAACCGAGCACCAGAAACAGCAGCUGUUCUGAAUCGCCCGGUUGAGCGUGAAUAUAUUGACGAUGAAACUGAGAGCUGUCCUUCGUCGAACUGCAGCGUUCAAUCGUACGCUCGGGAAGAUCCACGACGAAGUGCGUCGUUGCCGAAGCGGUUUGAAAUAGCGACGGGCAUCAAAAGCAAAGAAAAUUUAUCCUCCAGAAAAAGUCCAUUGAAUUUUGCGAAUGCAUUAAAUUUCAAGAUUGUUCACGGUGAAGAUAAUAAGAAAAACCCUGAUCUCUCUACUGUACCAGUUCCCAACAAUGUUCCGCAAAUUCCUAUGCCACUGGAAAACAGAGUUGUUUUACCUGACCGUACAGAAAUGAUGAACGUUAAACGAACUAUCAAAAACGACAUUAGUCAGCCCACCGCCUCCGUUACAUCACACGUUGUACAGCAACAACUACAAACUUCAGAGCCUCUGCAGCAGUUACCAUAUUCGUCAGUUAGACCCCUUGCUCCGCCCAUGCCAGUUGACUACAAGUUCACCCAGCCAUCUUUGCCUGGAUUUCAUACAUUUGGCACCUAUGGUGGCAACUCAUUCAACAAAAGCUACCAGAGCGCGAACGAUUUUGAUGUUAAGCCUUUUGCAUCGAAUACCUACGGCGGCUGGGGGAACUUUGAUAUUAUGAAUACCGGGGGACAACAUGGGGGAUUCAAUGAAUUUGUAGCCAUGUUGUAUGAACAGUAUAAACAACAACAAGUUCCAUCCGCUGCUGCCUUGCCAAUAAAUGUGGCUGGUCCAAGUCAUUUGCCAUUGUUUGGUCAAUGGUUCCCUCCCUCAGCCGUACAAUCAAUAGCAGCAGCAGCUGCAGUCAAACCUCAACCGUCAUUGCUGCCGUCUGCGAAUGCAAGUAGCCCAAUGUUUAGCAGUGAAGCGGUUGAGAUGAUUUGUUAUUUGUUUGGAUGUUACGAUUUCCUUGUUGAUAAGUGCAUCAAACUUCAUUGUCGUCUAUCACACGUGCUGCCGCACGAGGAAGAAGUUUUACAAAAGCUUUCGAUUCAGAAUUGUGACUUCAUCAUGGCAACUUAUCGAUUCGUGAACAACCGAGAUGAUUUGUUCAUUAAAUAUUUCCCAGUUUACGCUGGAGUUAUGGGUCGUAAUAAGAUGCGCCAUCAGCUGGUUGGCACAAUUCAAGACUGCGAAAAACCGAAGCGUCCGUUACAGUAUUAUCGUUAUAUCGUAGAAGCUUUGAAAACAAGUGGAACAAGUCCAACGCAGGCCGUGCAAAUUUUAGUUGAUAAACAUAAAAAGACAAAUUUCCAUCAGAUCAACAUUUUGAUCGAUUUAAUCCUAGAUACCGGUGAAGGUGUCCCUUCAUUUAUUCGUUGGCUAGAAGAUUUUUUGCACGUCAAAGGCUACUCUUACGAAAUGUCAGCCAUUAAUCGUUUGCUCGAAAUCGUCGUAGAGCAACCGUCUCGAGAAUUGGCAAAAUUAACUUCAAAAGUUGUUCUGAAGGUUCCUGUGGGCAAUGAACAGCUGAUCAAUACAGCGAGCUUACUCGAGUUCUCGAAACAGGCAAGACAGUAUCCGGAGACGGAGCUGGAUGUUGAGGAUAUCGUCAAGAAAUAUGGCAGUGUUGUCAUGAGAGUUUAGAUUGUUAGGCAAAACUAUAACUAUCGCUACCGCAGCGAUAAUUAGAUUCUAGGGCCCAUGAUCAACAGACUUGUUUUUAUGUAAGUAUUUCUUGAAUUUACUUAAUCAAUCGCUUUAAGUUCCAUACAAUCUCACUGUUUGUUUAUUUCAAACUGUGACAAUUAUCUUUGCUCAACGAGUGUGGCAAUUUCUUGUUAAAGCUUUGUUAUUUCAUUUUUUCAACGAUAUUAUAUUCAGCCAAAUCAGACAAU